GAUGACGUCAUCGUGCACAUGGCCGCACCCACGGGGUUGUACGUAAACCACCACGUAGAUCCACGGGCGCUGUCGGAUGUUGAAGCUCUGGCGGCUGAGGGGGGUGUUUUCAGUGGUGUCGGGGAGUCUGGAAAGGGGUCUGCGUCUGUGGCGGUGGGUGAUACUCGGCUGAGCUCUAUAUCGGCUGCCCUGGCGCUGCAUGUGGAUUGCGUUGGUAUUAAAGUGUAUAGCAAAGCAGGCGAUGCAGCCCUCAGUUUCAGUGUGGGAGUGAACGCGCAUAUAGUCCAUUGCGAAGACGAGAGUCUCAG